AUGGAAAAAAAUCAUACAUAUGAAGACUUGUGUUCGAAUAAUUUUGCGAAGAAGGCUAUUGUAUUUCAAAUUAUUGAUUUAUAUGGCAACUUUUCAAAUGUUUGUGCUGUCUUUGCUCUUCCAAAUUCCAAUAUGUUCUCUUUUAUUAUGGACAAGGUUAGAGAAAUAGAUCAAAAAUGGUCUGUUCAUGAAAAAUUUUGUAUAAUUGGUUCUGUCACGGAUGGUGAGUUUGAACCAGCUACAGUAGAGAAUUUUUUGAACAACAAUAAUGAGCGCAAACAAUGGACUCAUUGUGAAGGUUACAUUCACAUUCUCAAGCGAUUAAGAAAUCCAUUAAUUGACAGCAGUCAUGCAAUAUCUAUGAUGGGUUUGAUUUAUCUGACUUCCAAGUACGACAAUCUUAAUAGAAAGUUAAGAAGAUCAGAUUUAAUCGUCAAAGAUGAAAUGAAUGUAGAAAGUUGUUUGAAUCUCAUUAAGGAGGAUGUAUUGCAAGCAUUACAAACAAUUAGAUCUAACUUAAAAGAAGAAUUCCAUGAUAUUCUUCCUUCUGUACCAAAUUUCUUCAAUAACUUUGUUCUUAGUGACAGCAAGAAUAUUCAUAAGAGUGGAAUAACAGACUUUAUUAUGAAAGAUAUUGAUAUUGCUAAUUUAAACAAAAUGACAGAAAAACAAUUGAACGAGUAUUUCAAAAAAAUUACAAUAUUCCGACACUCACCAUCCAAGAAGAAUAUGCUAUUGUUGAUUCUAUGUAUUAUUAUUUAUGGCAUACUCGAAAAUUCUAUUACGCCUACAAAACUGGAUAUCAUUUCAGAUCAAACUUUAAGGGGCAUUGUUUCGAUAUAUAGAAUGCUGAAACGACUAUGGUUUCAUUCAUGGAUUUUGCCUGAAUUUCCUUCUAAUGACUCAAUUAUUUCUCACAAUGAGAACCAAAGCAAUAAUUGUUUUCCAUUCGAUAAUUAUGAAAAUUGGUCAUCACAACAAAAUUCUACGCAAGACCAAACUGUCGACAAAAACAACAAUGAUGAUGAUGUCUCAGAUGUUGGUUCAGAUUUAAGUUAUGAUUCCGUAGACAGUAAUAUCACUACAAUUAGCGAUGAAUUACGUGCUAUUGAAGCUGGACAAAAAUUUUUCAAGCUCUCAGAUAGACCUGUUGAAGAUCAGAAAAAAAUAUUAACAAGUGCAAUAAGUAGCAACGGUUUAGAAUUGAUUUUCAGUUUGAUACAACACAAAUGUAAUAAUUUUUGCAUUUAUGAUUUGUGUAGCAUCCUUUUAAAGUCACAUCGAAUUGUUGUAAUUGAACAUUUAACAGAUACACAACGCCUAUUUUCCCUACCUAAAAAAAGUUGCUCAAAGCAUUACAAUAGGUUGAAUAUUAAGUACAAUGGUCUUCCUCGAAUGCCGGACAACAAACUACCAACUCAAGAAACGAUUAACAGAGAAAAAGUGACACAAAAAAUUCAGUCACUGAAUCACAGAGAAAAAAGCGUGUCACUCAGAUCAAACUCAUCUGUUGUAAUACGUACAUCAGUUGAUUUGAUUGUUGAAACUACAGAUUUCAAAGUCAGAAGUCUUACUGACUUUUAUGCAGACAAUCUUAGCAACAACAGCACUAUUGAAUUUCCACAAUUUAUUCGUCCUAGAAGAAAAAUAGAAAAAUCAGUCGUAGAAUUGACUAAUAUUUCAAAUGAAAUGGUGCUUAAUGGAGUGCGUGAAGAUCAAGCAAUUUCUAGAUUGGUUGCAGAGCUUCCGAAAAAAGCAAUAAUUAUUGCUCACAAUUCUCCAUUUGACAAAGAUGCAAUAUUUAAAGCAUACAUGUAUUGGAGGCAGAAAAAACUCUUGCAAUAUAAUUUCAAGGAAAAUCGGUUGAUAUUUGAAGAUUCUUUAGGAAUUAUCAAACAAAAAUUAUUAGAAAAAUUAGAAAAUUACAAGCUCGGAACAAUAUUCAAAACCUUAUUUGAUCGUGAUAUUGUAGAUCAACAUCGAGCAAAAAGUGAUGUUAUUGCAUUGAAGCAAAUAUUGCAACAUCCCAGAAUACUCGGAAAUGAUGUAAUUAAUUCUGUGAAACGGUACUUGUCGGAGAUCACAAUCAAAGCCACGUUACUCAAGAUUUUGCUUUUUGGAUCUCACUUGUGUCAUUCAUGGAAGGUGCAACAUUGA